ACAGACGAGAGUGGGGAGGUGGAUAUCAAACACCUCUAGGUCGACGACGAGGCUCGACGGAUUGGCAGUGUCGAGGAGCAUCGCCGUCCGACGAUAUCAUCAUGCGGUACCUAAUCGCCGUCGUCCUAGUACUGUCGGGAAUCGCUGUGGGACGUCAUCAUCAUUUGAGUGAGGUUCAGGAAAAAACGAGAUUCGAUCGGUCUCUGGGUCAAGAUGAUGAUCUCCAGAAUUCAGACGUUGAAGUUUACACUGAUGAAGAAACGAAAUAUGAAGCAUUCCGACAAAGGAACUCGAAAUCAGAGAUUUGUUUUUUGAGAAAAUCCGCGGGAAGAAAUGAGGAAUGGCAUUUUCUGGCGAAUAAUCGGGGUAGAAUGGUGUCUCCUUCUGGCCUGGACCUAACAAGAGUCGAGGCCUGGAAAUUGGCGGGAGGUAGAAUUGUCGACUUCUGCGAUGGAAAGACGAUAAUACUGAUCGAUGAGAAUCGCUCAGCUCGUAGUGACAACCAGGAUCCAUUUUUCAACGAAAUCCCUCUCGACGAGAAUGACAUAGUGCAAAAGCGCAUAGUCGAUGUUGUUAUAGAGCCAUUGAGAACGCGAGCCAAGCGGGAGAUUAUCUUAGAGGAACGUGAAAAGCAAAAUUCCGCAUUGGUGAGGGAACGUCGACAGGUGCGUGGAAGAUUUCGCGGUCAAACACAGUCGCAAUAUUUGAAUCUUGGCAAAGAUUCGGAUAAAGAGGGAAAAGCUGAAGCUGAAGCUACAGAUCAGAGUUCACGGGCUGUUGUCAGCGGAACGAGUGGAAUGGGCCAAGCGCAGAGUAUGUCAUUAGGUGGUUCGUGCGAAGGCUGUCCGGGUUAUCCUGGUUACACAGGUGUUAUUCCACCAGGACAAUACGUACAGCCUGGUGUGCCCGGAAUUACUGGGCCGGGAGGGGUUGUCAUCCCUGGAACUCCAGGAGUGUCAUAUCCACCUAGUAUUCCUGGAGGGGUAAUAACGACUCCUGGAGUCCAACCUGGACAACCUGGGAUAUCGUAUCCUGGUUACCCAGGUGGAGUAGUUCAGCCUCCAAGUACAGGAUUGCCACCAGGUCAACCGGGAUCGACAUAUCUGCCGGGUUUGCCUGGCGGAGUAGUAACAACGCCCGGAGUACAGCCAGGACAACCAGGAAUUAUCUAUCCUGGUGGAGUGGUGCCACCGGGACCAGGAGUGCAGCCCGGUCAACCGGGAAUACUACCGGGGAGACCUGGGGUUUCAUAUCCACCUGGUUAUCCUGGUGGAGUUGUUACAACACCUGGAGUGCAACUGGGACAACCAGGAGUGUCAUAUCCCGGUGGGGUAACACCAGGAGUCCAGCCAGGUCAGCCGGGAGUCGCUUAUCCACCGGGAUACCCAGGGGGUAUCGUAACGACGCCUGGCGGCCAGCCCGGUCAGCCUGGGGUAACUUACCCAGGUGUAGUAGGCCCCGGAGUUCAGCCAGGCCAACCCGGAGUAUCCUACCCACCGGGGUACCCAGGAGGUAUCGUAACUACGCCCGGUGGCCAGCCAAGUCAGCCUGGAAUAACUUACCCCGGUGGAGUGGGACCCGGAGUUCAGCCAGGCCAACCGGGAGUAUCAUAUCCACCAGGCUACCCUGGAGGUAUUGUCACAGGGCCUGGAACGCAACCAGGAAUAUCAUAUCCAGGUGGAGUACAGCCAGGACAACCCGGUGUAUCGUAUCCGGGGGGACAACCGGGAGUCUCAUAUCCAGGAGGGCAACCAGGAGUUUCCUAUCCAGGAGGACAACCAGGAGUUUCCUAUCCAGGAGGACAACCAGGAGUUUCAUAUCCAGGAGGACAACCAGGGGUCUCAUAUCCUGGUACAAUAUCGCCAGGUUAUCCGGGAGGAAUAGUGACCUCUCCAGGCGUACAACCCGGCCAGCCGGGAAUUUCAUAUCCACCUGGUUAUCCAGGCGGACAGCCUGGUAUCUCCUAUCCUGGAGCACAACCCGGUAUCUCAUAUCCAGGUGGCGUGCCGCCUGGUUACCCCGGAGGUGUGAUAACAACGCCGGGAGUACGGCCAGAUCAACCAGGAGUUUCAUAUCCACCAGGGUAUCCAGGAGGUGUAGUAACAACCCCUGGAGUGCAACCCAGUCAACCAGGAGCAACUUAUCCUGGCUAUCCCGGAGGAGUCGUGACGACACCUGGAGUACAACCUGGAACGCCUGGAAUAUCUUAUCCACCCGGGUACCCUGGAGGUGUAAGUACCAUCCCUGGGGUGCAACCAGGACAGCCGGGGAUCGCCUAUCCGCCUGGUUAUCCUGGAGGAAUUGUUGCUAUCCCUGGCCAGCCACCUGCACAGCCUGGAGUGUCUUAUCCGCCUGGAUUUCCGGGAGGAGUAGCACCCGGCGUUCAACCAGGCCAACCUGGCAUAUCUUACCCACCGAGUUAUCCGGGGGGCAUUGGACAGCCCGGCAUUUCGUAUCCAGGUGGCGUUCCUCCAGGUGUACAGCCUGGGCAACCGGGCGUAUCGUAUCCAGGUGGGGUGUCUCCAGGAGUGCAACCAGGACAACCAGGUAUUUCAUACCCUGGUGGGGUACCACCUGGAGGACAGCCAGGUGUAUCUUAUCCGCCUGGUUACCCCGGAGGUGUAGUAACCACACCUGGAGUCCAGCCGGGACAAUCAGGAGUGUCUUACCCGCCUGGCUAUCCUGGAGGUGUAGCACCUAGUCCUGGUGUUCAACCUGGACCACCAGGGGUGCUAUAUCCUGGUGGAGUACCCCCAGGGCAACCAGGAGUAUCUUAUCCAGGGGGAGUGCCGCCAGGAGUGCAACCAGGGCAACCAGGAGUAUCUUAUCCAGGUGGAGUCCAGCCAGGACAACCAGGAGUAUCUUAUCCAGGUGGAGUACCACCAGGACAACCGGGAAUAUCUUAUCCAGGUGGAGUGCCGCCAGGAGUACAACCAGGACAACCGGGAGUAUCUUAUCCAGGUGGAGUACCACCAGGAAUACAACCAGGACAACCAGGAAUACCCUAUCCCCCGAGUUAUCCUGGAGGCGUAGUAACACCUGGUAUACCCGGACUACAACCGGGUCAACCAAGAGUCUCCUAUCCACCCGGCUAUCCCGGUGGUAUUGUUACAACACCAGGACUGCAGCCAGGGCAGCCCGGAGUGUCAUAUCCAGGUGGAAUACCUCCAGGUCAACCUGGAGUAGCGUAUCCUGGUUAUCCAGGUGGAGUAAUCCCAGCCCCAGGUGUCCCAGGUACAGUAAUUUAUCCGCCCGGGACUCCAGGAGUUGUUACUACACCAGGAGGCCUGCCGCCAGGCGCAGGUGACGAUGACUCUCACGCUUCAAGUUCAGUCACACAAACCGAUGACGGAACUGAAGCUAGUGCUUCUGCCGAUGGUCGACUUGGCGACGGAACCGCGCAAUCGAAGGUCAGUGGAAUCUACACCGGCGCCGGGUCGUUUUCAGCCCAAGCAGGAACCAGCGAUGGUAAAAAAGGAGCCCAAACCCAGGUGUCUGGAGGUAAAGAAGGCGCCAUGAGUAGUGCCCAAGGCAGUGGAGGGCUCGGUAAAAGUCAAGCGCAGGUUCAACUCAACUCUGACACUGGGGCAACAUCAACUGACGCCCAGAGCAGUGGAUGGAAUCAUGGAACGAGUUCUCAGGUUCAAGCGAGCGAAAAGGGAGGAUUGGCUGAUGCACAAGCUAACGGUGAGGGAAGCACAUCGAGUCAGGCACAGAUUGGUUUUCAGCCAUACUCAGGAUCCCGAGAACAGGAGGAGACCCCCUCUAAACCAUUUCGCGGAGGAGGAACAGCAACAGCACAGAGUGGAACGUUCCAGGGACAGUCACAGUCGCAAAUCCAGGGAUCUUUCCAAUACGGAAUCAGUUAUACUGGAGCAGCUCAGGCAGGAUCAGGCUCAGGAGCUGCUGCCUCACGAAAACCCUUCAAUUUUACCAACUCAGAUCCCAAUCUCUUCAAAAAAAUCGAGAAACCUGAUCCCAUUUCUAUCUCGAGAGACGAAUCAUCGGUCUCUACUCUACCACCUCCUUAUCAGCAGCCCCAGCAUCAACAAUCUGAUUCAACUACACCUUCUUCACCUCCACCAGGAGACCAGUCCCUCAGGACUUCAUCUUCGUCCAGAAAGACAGUGAUUGCGAAAACAAUACCCCCUAUCUAUUCACCGACCGAGAAAUCUCGAGAUGAAUUACCUUACGAUCCUGAAAACGCGGACUACGACGACGAUGAGUACGACGAUGACGACGCUGAUUAUGAUUCAACAACAACGAGAGUUCGAAGCGGCGGCGAAGGAUUCAGACAAACUCAAUUGAUUAGAGUUGCGACAGCGAAGAAAUACGAUGUCAAUGUCCAGCAAGAAUCAUCGAAACUCCAAGAGGGUGAUAUUCUUGAACCUGGUGAGGCUCUUCCCGGCUACACAGUCCCUGCGGGCUUUAGAGCGAAAAUCGCAUCGACUUCCGGGGAACGAACUCAAGCACAAGGGGGCAAUUCUCAAGCCCAGACGGUCUCUUUGACUCCGGCUGGCCAGGAUGGUACACAGUCACCGAAGAACAGUGAUUCUAGAUACAAGAAUGUUCAUGGAUUUCCGGGAAGCUUCGACAGGAAUUCCCACAUCUAUCCCAAGCCCCUGAGCUCUAGCAACACGAGAUCUAUGAACCCAGCUCCAGUGAAGCCAAAUUACGUGACAGUGACUAAUAGUGUGGCUGGAAAAAUGGAUGACUCAAGAAGAAAAUACGAGCAUCGUUAUUAUACGAAGAGCUCUACCUGCGGUUAUUUCACGUUCUCUUGCAACAUUGUCCAUGGCUCCAACGGGAGAACUAAGAUUUGUAAACCCAGAAUGCCGACAUACUCCGAUGGAACCCCCAUGAAGUGCUGACGAUUCUGGGAUAAAGCUCAGACAAUCACGUCUGUCAUAAUCAAAUCGUCACAACUAUGAAUUUCACGUUAUACCGAUACAUACUACGCUUGCUCUCAUAUACGUCAUUCCGCAAAAUAUUUAUAUAUUUAUAAAUAAAAUUUUUAACUGUUGAA